AUGAUGAUGUCUGUCUAUUCUGUGGUCUUAUUUCAUAUCAAAUUCAUCAAUUUUUGUAAUACUGUCAUUUUGAAAACAAAAGAAGGGAUAAGGAAAAAGCUAGAAAAAUCUUGCUGCAAUAAUAAUAAUCUCACUUCCUUCCCAAUCAAUCCUGAUAAAUAUGUCACUAAUUUGUCCUCCAUUGUAUUGUCUGUUCAUGAAAAGGAGGCAUUGUCCUUGGGUUUAAAAUUUUCUGUUCCUAUAACACAAAUCUCUGAAUUGACAGUCAAUGCCCAAUUUGAAAACCUCUAUGAUCAAUUGAGUACUUUAACCCCUUCGUCCUUAGAGAAUCAAAGUUGGUUUAAAGCCAAACUAGUGGAUAUAGCGCAUCAUUUUCAUUCUUUUGGACCAAAGCAGAGAAGCAUAUUAACUUCUCAGCAUUUCAAAUCAUUAAAAGAAUUGCGAAAUAAUGCCGAUAUUAUUAUACUUAAACCCGAUAAAGGAUCUGGUGUUGUUAUUAUGAAUAAGUCAGAUUACAAAAAUAAAAUGGAAUCCAUUCUCAGUGAUAAAAGCAAAUUUUUGGCUGAUGUUGACUUUGAUGGAUUACGUAAAUUAGAAAAGAAAGUGAACUCGAAUCUUGUGAAAUUGUUAAACAUGAAUGCUAUUAACAAAGAUGAGUUUAAUUUAUUAAAACCUAUGGGUUCGGCAUAUCCUAAUUUAUAUGGAUUACCGAAAAUUCAUAAGCCUAAUACCCCCUCUACGUCCAAUUCUAUCUAUGUGUCGGUCACCUACACACAACCUGGCAAAAUGGCUUACAAAAUUAUUAAACCCUAUCAGAAAUCAAUAUUGUAA